AAUAAUCAAUCACGGCCAUCACAUUUUCACACACAUAUCAAAAACAUAUAUAAAUUCAGCCAUAGGGUCGUUAACUCUCCAUUUCAAUUUCAAUUUCAACAAAAUCAAUACUACAACUUAUAAUUACAAACCAAAAUACACAUACAUAAAAAUGGCUCAAGUAGUGAGUAACACGAAAGUAGUACUAAAAGGUUAUGUUACUGGGUUCCCAAAAGAAUCAGAUUUGAUCGUCAAAACAGACACCAUCGAACUCAAACUCCCAGAAGGAUCAAAGGGUGUUCUUGUAAAAAAUCUUUACUUGGCUGCUGAUGCUCACAUGCGUAGCCAGAUGUCUGUAGCUGAAGACAACUUUGUUGAGACCUAUAUUGUUGGUGAACCUAUACAUGGAUAUGGAGUUGCAAAAGUGCUUGAAUCUGGGUACCCAAACUUGAAGAAAGGUGACCUAGUUUGGGGAAUAGUUGGAUGGGAGGAAUACCAUAUUAACAAUGCUCCUGAGUCUACAUUGUUUAAGAUUGAACAUACUGAUGUCCCUCUUUCCUAUUAUACGGGAAUUCUUGGUAUGACUGGUAUGACCGCUUAUGUUGCGUUCCAUGUGGUCGGUAAUGUCAAGAAAGGAGACAGAGUCUAUAUUACUGCGGCUUUUGGUGCAGUCGGUCAGCUAAUUGGCCAGUUUGCUAAGGCGUUAGGAUGCUAUGUUGUCGGGAGUGCUGGUUCAAAAGAAAAGGUUGACCUACUGAAGAGCAAAUUUGGAUUUGAUGACGCUUUUAACUACAAGGAAGAGAAAGAUCUAGAUGCGGCUCUUAAGAGGUACUUUCCCGAAGGAAUUGAUGUUUACUUUGAAACCGUGGGGGGAAAGAUGUUGGAGGCGGCACUCUUGAAUAUGCGAUUAAAUGGGCGUAUUGCUGGCAUCGGGAUGAUCUCACAGCACAACCUAGAGGAAGAGGAGGGGGUGCGUUACCUGUUGUCUGUGAUCACAAAACGUCUAACCAUGCGUGGGUUCAUCGUUCACGAUCAUUAUGACUUGAUUCCACAGUAUCAUGAACUGAUUGUACCCCUUAUUAAAAAAGGGACUAUCAAAUACGUAGAAGACGUUGCAGAGGGACUUGAGAAUGGACCUGCAGCUUUAGUUGGGAUAUUUCAAGGGAAAAAUGUUGGGAAGCAAGUAGUGGUUGUGGCUCGUGAAUAAGGGACUCGUUGCGAAUGUUGGUAAUAUGAGACAUGACAUGAUAUGAGGUGUGUAUGCAUUUGCUAAAUAGAUCGAAGCUUAUAAAGUGUUCGAAGUAUUGUAUUGUUAUCUUUUAUGUUUUCUGAUAGAGGAUGGGAUCGGAAGCAAUAAUUCAGUGUAAUUUUUAUUAUCAUUCUAUACUUAAUAAAACAUAUAAACAUUGUCUUAA